CAGACCGAGAGUCGCGCCCCAAUGGCCUUUAGAGAGCCAGGCUACUCCUGCUGCAGUGUCCUGGCGCGCGGGGGCGCGGCUCUCCUGCGGGGCGGCUGCGGAGUCCCUCCGGGGGCCAUUUCUGCAGCUCCGUCUCUGAGUUCGCUCAUCUCAGGCUCCCUGGUGCCUGGUCUCGUGGGGCGUUUACCGCCGCCCCUUGGCGCCCUGUUGAGACGGGACCCUGGGGUCUCCCUCCAGCUGCGCCCGGGCGCUGGCUCCACCUGGUGGUCGGGGUUGGCCCCGCGCACUGGCCCAUCGCCCCUGCCGGCCUGGAAGGCCGGGUGCCCCAGCCCCCCAGCACCCAGCCGCCUGCCAGGCGGGUGUCCCUGCGCUUCCCGCCCUCCCGAGGGAUGCGGCUGGCAUCGCGUGCAAAGGGCAGCCGCCUGGCAGGAGGCGCAUCCUGACUUCAUGUCUCGUCCCCAGGGAAGCCAAGUGUGCACAGCACCGGGUGUUGGCCAUCCAGUGCAUUUGGCCCCUUCCUUGUCCAGCACUGACCACCGGCAAGUGGGCACUGAGUGCUUUUCAGGGACAGAGAACAAGGAGGGGUCAGCUGGCACCCACAGCCACCUCUGUGGCCUGCUGCCCCAGGGCCCAGCCACCAUCAUUCCCUGGAGGCUUGCCUUCCUGAGGGCAGCCCUAAGCUUGGGGCCUGGAGUCCAUGUGCUGAGCCCCACGAUGCUGGCCCUGAGGGGCAGGAGGGAGGCAGAGCACACCACACACCCCAGGCUUCAGCCCUGGGCUGCAGAUGCCCAGGAGGCGGGGAUAGGGGUCGCAGAGGGCAGGGCUCUUUUAAGAGAAAAGGCCACACUUCCCUCUGGUCAGGGAGCUCCCUUCCCCGAGAGUCUCAAGCCCUGGAUUGCUCUCCCUGGGCCCAAAAGUGGAUUCUCCAAUGACCCAUUUAGUCUGGUUCCAAAUAUCCACCUUGCCACGGGCAGUGCUUCUCUGGAAGCUUGGGUGAGAGUGCUCGGUGCCCUCCUGGACCCUUCCGCUUUCAAGGAUUGACAAGAUGUUCCUGAGAAGGUCUGGGCAGGAAGAUGGUGUCGCACAUGUUGGUUGAGGAAUUUCUCAGUGGAGAAGGCCAGCGA